UGCAAUUGCUUCGUCUCUUAUAUGUUCACUUUCCUGCAAAUACAUGAGAAGCACUAAAAAACACAAAAAAAAAAUGAGAAGCAUGAGACUAACUCUUUUACUUGCUUUCAAUGCACUCAUGCUACUUAAAACACAUGGUUUUACCGAUGAAACUGAUAGGCAAGCGUUGCUUAAAUUCAAGUCUCAAGUUUCUAAAGACAAAAGAGUUGUCUUGUCCUCAUGGAAUCUUUCAUUCCCACUCUGCAGUUGGAAGGGGGUUACAUGUGGCCGUAAAAACAAAAGAGUUACUCAUCUUGAACUGGGAAGAUUGCAAUUAGGAGGAGUGAUAUCACCAUCUAUUGGUAAUCUAUCGUUUCUUGUAUCACUUGAUCUCUAUGAAAACUUUUUUAGUGGUACUAUUCCUCAAGAGGUAGGAAAGUUGUUUAGACUUGAAUACUUGGAUAUGGGCAUAAAUUUUCUAAGGGGACCGAUUCCAAUAGGUCUAUACAAUUGCUCUAGAUUGUUGAACCUUCGUUUAGAUUCAAAUCAUCUUGGAGGAGAUGUUCCUUCAGAGCUAGGGUCAUUGACGAAGCUUGUUCAGUUAAAUCUUUAUGGAAACAAUAUGAGAGGAAAGAUACCUGCAUCACUAGGAAAUUUGACAUCACUACAACAACUUGCAUUAUCACAUAACAAUCUUGAAGGAGAAAUCCCGAGUGAUGUUGCUAAAUUGUCUCAAAUAUGGAGUCUUCAAUUAGUAGCUAACGAUUUCUCAGGUGUUUUUCCUCCCGCUAUCUACAACUUGUCCUCACUUAAGCUUUUAGGUAUAGGUUAUAAUCAUUUCUCGGGUAGCUUGAGACCUGAUUUUGGUAUUCUGCUACCAAAUAUUCUAUCGUUUAAUAUGGGAGGGAAUUAUUUCACAGGAUCCAUUCCAACAACACUUUCCAAUAUCUCUACUCUUGAAAGAUUGGGAAUGAAUGAGAACAAUCUCACAGGAAGUAUUCCUAUUUUUGGAAAUGUUCCAAAUUUGCAAUUGUUACUUCUUCAUACCAAUUCUUUAGGAAGUUAUUCUUCUAGAGAUUUUGAAUUUCUCAGUUCUUUGACAAACUGCACCCAACUAGAGACCUUAGGGAUUGGUCAAAAUAGGCUUGGGGGUGACUUGCCUAUUUCUAUUGCUAAUCUAUCCGCAAAACUCAUAACUCUAGACCUUGGAGGAACCCUCAUUUCUGGAAGAAUUCCUCAUGACAUUGGGAAUCUCAUAAACCUACAGAAGCUUAUAUUGGAUGAAAAUAUGUUGAGUGGACCACUCCCAACCUCUCUUGGAAAGCUUUUAAAUUUGAGGUAUUUAAGUCUAUUUUCAAAUAGAUUAUCAGGAGAGAUACCAACUUUUAUAGGCAACUUCACUAUGUUAGAAACACUCGAUUUGUCCAACAAUAGUUUUGAAGGUAUUGUUCCUGCAACUCUCGGGAACUGUAGUCACCUACUAGAAUUGUGGAUUAGGGAUAAUAAGUUGAAUGGGACUAUACCUCUGGAAAUCAUGAAAAUUCAGAGUCUUCUUCGCCUAGACAUGUCAAGAAAUUCUUUAUUCGGCUCUCUGCCGCAAGAUAUUGGACAGCUACAAAAUCUUGGUACACUAUCAGUGGGGAAUAAUAAAUUAUCAGGGAAACUUCCACAAACUUUGGGAAAGUGUCUCACAAUGGAAAAUCUUUAUCUGCAAGGAAAUUCGUUUUAUGGAGAUAUUCCAGAUUUGAAAGGGUUGGUGGGUGUUAAAGAAGUUGAUUUUUCGAACAAUAAUCUCUCUGGAAGUAUACCUGAAUAUCUUGCAAACUUUUCCAAGUUGGAGUAUCUCAAUCUAUCUGUGAACAAUUUUGAGGGAAAUGUGCCAAUGAAAGGAAUAUUUCUGAAUACUACUACAGUUUCUGUAUUUGGAAACAAUGAUCUAUGUGGAGGCAUUAGGGGAUUUCAACUAAAGCCAUGCCUCGUGCAAGCACCACCAGUGGAGAAGAAGCAUUCCUCUCGUUUAAAGAAAGUUGUGAUUGGAGUUAGUGUAAGCAUAACUUUGCUUUUGUUGCUGUUCAUAGCUUCAGUUUCUUUGAUUUGGUUGAGAAAGAGAAAGAAAAACAAGCAGACCAAUAAUCCAACUCCUAGUUUGGAAGUCUUCCAUGAGAAGAUAAGUUAUGGAGAUCUCCGUAAUGCGACAAAUGGCUUCUCUUCGAGCAAUAUGGUCGGGUCUGGCAGUUUUGGGACUGUAUUUCAGGCAUUUCUUCCGACUGAGAAAAAGGUUGUUGCAGUGAAAGUUUUAAACCUACAGAGACGUGGAGCGAUGAAGAGCUUUAUGGCAGAAUGUGAAUCCUUGAAGGAUAUAAGGCAUCGUAAUCUUGUGAAACUAUUGACAGCUUGUGCUAGUAUUGAUUUCCAAGGUAACGAAUUCAGAGCUCUCAUAUACGAGUUCAUGCCGAAUGGAAGCUUGGAUAUGUGGCUGCACCCAGAGGAAGUGGAAGAGAUUCAUAGGCCCUCAAGAACCUUGACACUUCUUGAAAGGAUCAACAUUGCCGUAGACGUGGCUUCUGUUUUGGACUAUCUGCAUGUUCAUUGUCAUGAGCCUAUAGCUCAUUGCGAUCUUAAGCCAAGCAAUGUCCUUUUAGACGAUGAUCUAACAGCCCAUGUUAGCGACUUUGGUUUGGCUCGUCUUCUCCUUAAACUAGACCAGGAGUCCUUCUUCAACCAACUAAGCUCAGCUGGCGUUAGAGGAACCAUCGGCUAUGCUGCACCAGAAUAUGGAAUGGGAGGACAGCCAUCAAUACAAGGUGAUGUGUAUAGCUUUGGGGUUCUCCUUUUGGAAAUGUUCACUGGAAAAAGACCAACUAAUGAGCUAUUUGGCGGAAACUUUACCCUACACAGCUACACCAAGUCGGCUUUGCCGGAAAGAGUAUUGGACAUUGUAGAUGAAUCGAUUCUUCGAAGUGGUCUAAGAGCCGAUUUCCGUAUUGCUGAGUGCCUGACACUGGUGUUGGAGGUGGGACUUAGGUGCUGUGAAGAAUCCCCUACGAACCGGAUGGUAACGAGUGAAAUUGCAAAAGAGUUGAUCUCAAUCAGAGAGAGGUUCUUUAAAACCAGAAGAACAUCCAGACAUUGAAGUGUUAAUGGUUUAUCUCUUUAGUGUCGUCUUCCAUAAUGUGUGGGUUACAAUCAAUUUAUUUGGUCUUUCUCUCAGCUCUUCUUAUCCAAUGUUUGAAAAAAAUUCUUUCAGUUGUGAAAUUUGUGAUUAUGUAUUUUGGUUUUCUUGUAUGAUGAAGACAAGUUUUUCAAAAUUUGGGUCUUGCUUAAA